CAUAGUUCAUACCUACUAAGCUUUUAUUUAAUUGCAUUCCUUUUCAUAAAAGCUAAAGUGCGAAUCACAUACUCUACCUUUGCUCCCUAAAUAUGAUGUUCUACGGUAUCUUCUUCAGUAUGUACUUAUCCGGAUACGUGGUUAGCCUAGAUCCAGAGGUUGUGGUACUCCGUGCAGUUCGAGGCAGGGACGCCCGGCUGCCAUGUGGCCAGGGAAAAGUGUUCUUGGAUGGCCCGGACUCGUAUGUUCUGUGGUUGAAAAACGACAGAGACUUUCUCUACAGAUUUCCCAACGAGGAAGUUGAGAGGAGGGCUGUGAACCGCGAUCGAAUAUUUGGUACGUCGUGUGACGCAGGAGCAUGUUACGAUGACACCUCUCUCCUUCUGAAGCGCGUGAGUGAGCAGGAUAGUGGCAUUUAUCGAUGUAGAGUCCAUUAUCAAGCCUCCCCCUCGCUGGAUUACGUUAUUGAUGUGAGGUUGGUGGAUUCACCAGGCAUACCUAGAAUUUUCAAUGAUGCUGGCAACGAAAUUAAAAGAGGCUAUAUCGGACCUCUCAGCCUCGGUUCAGACCUUACUCUGGUCUGUGAAGUUGAUGAUGAUCAACCCGAUACGUUGGUAUACUGGCGUCGUAACGGUGUAGUGAUAGAGCGUGCGCACACCGUCCGCGCAGGCGUGCUUCGUGCCGACGUGCGCGUGCGCAACGCCACCCGCGACGAACUUGACGCGCAUUACGAAUGCCUUGCCCAAAACGCUGACGUCACUGAGCCUUUGAGCGCUAGUGUCGUGGUCAAAAUGUACCUUCCUCCCCUAAACGUGGAGAUCCGCCUUAACAACAAUGUAGACUUUGAGGCAGGCCAACCUCGCGUUGUUGACUGUGUGGUGGUGGGAUGCGUACCGCCACCUGCUAUCACUUGGCACUUGGGCGACACCUUGCUUAGACCGAGUGUGCAUAAGGAGCUCCAUGAUGGAAACUAUACUGUAUCAUCUUUAACACUGGCGCCAUCUUUACGCGACAGCAAGCACGACCUCGUAUGCCGUGCUCAUAAUUCGCAUAUACCCUCCUCGGUGUUCGAAGAUAAAGUCACCUUAAAUGUCGGAUAUCGACCGAUCUGCCUCACAACUCGAGAGGAAACCGUCGGGGCCAUUGUCCAGGAGGCGGAGACGGUGACCUGUACAGUAGAGGCUUCUCCAGAUCCAUUGCAAUUUAGCUGGACCUUCGCUGAUUCGAGGACGCUUUACACUAGUGUUAAGAAGGUGGCUGGUCACCACAAUCGAUUCACAUCAACACUCACAUGGCUCCCGCGCGACAGCGAUCUGGGUUUACUUCUGUGUCGGGCUACCAACAAUUUUGGGGAACAAAAACGGCCCUGCUCCUUCACCAUUGCACCUGGAAGUCCGCCGCAUGCCCCUGAGUGCGUUGUUUUACGCUCAUACCCACAUUCUAUUCGAGUACAGUGUCAAAAAGGUUGGGACGGUGGAAGACCGCAAACAAUCCACUUGGAGCUAUUGAACCCCGAUGGUACACUUAUUCACAAUAUAUCCAACGUGGCUGGUCAUUUCCACUUGCCUGAUAUCGAAGACGACAGAAAUUUGACAGCAACUGUUUAUGCGAGCAGUUCCAGAGGAAGGAGUGAAACUAAGAAUUUACAUUUACAGACGAUAACACCAUUAAGUGCUUCAGCAGUUGCAGAAGACGUGCCUGUUCGGUCGUGGGCGCGUUGGUUGGAGGCAUCGGCUGGGCUGGUUGCCCUAACUGCUGCCGUGGCGGCAGCUGCUGUUUGUAUUAAACUGCUCAAAGCGAAACGAGACAAUCUGGAACUCAAUCCUGAUUUAGUCCCACGCUCUGAUGGUUCGUUCCAUCGAGAGCCAGACUUUGCCAGGGAAGAGCGUGUACUGGGAACAACUAACAUAACUGUCAACCAGCUGGCUUCAUGUCAAAAUCAAUAUACACCAUCACCUGUACCAGCAUGCCGCGUACUCGUCGGAUGCGGUGCCCAUUCUCCACCUCAGGACUCUUGUCCUACCAGUCAGCACUCCUAUUAUGUUUAGACACAAAAAUAAUAUAACAGCUGCUUUAAUACAUGAAUUUUUAAGUGACUACUAAAUUUAGGCACG